AGUCUUCUUGAUGUGUCUUCACGGACUCUCCCUCUUGCCUGCGUCUCUGCGUUUCCUUAUCCCCCCCCUUGUCUUGGACGAGCUGAGCGGUGACACGGUUGGCGCUAACGGCCUCCCCUAUGGGCUUUGCCGGGACGCAGGAAGCGGCAGACGGCUACCAGCGCUGUAUGAUGGCCCAGUACAACCGGCACGACAGCCCCGAGGACGUGAAGCGACGGGCCAUGGCCGACCCCGAGGUGCAGCAGAUCAUGAGCGACCCGGCCAUGCGGCUCAUCCUGGAGCAGAUGCAGAAGGACCCCCAGGCGCUCAGCGAACACUUAAAGAAUCCUGUAAUAGCACAGAAGAUCCAGAAGCUGAUGGAUGUGGGUCUGAUUGCAAUCCGGUGAUGCCUUGCUCGGCACCCCCUUCCCCUCGCCCUCCUGUGGAAAGAGGAGCUGGGACCGCAGCGAGCCGCCCGGAGCAGGGGGGGAGCGGGGGGAGCGCACGACUCCUCUAUAUUUAUACAGACCUGUGCGGACGGCACACAGA